AUGCUCUGCAAUCUAUGUACCCAGCUGUUCCGCCAGAAGAAUAAAGAAGGGCUCCACCAUGCAAAGGGGGCCGAUAUGGUUAGAGCCUCCAAAGGCGGGUGCUACAUAUGCCGUACUGUCGUAAGCAAACUCGAGGGGAAGAGGAUCAAUGUCAAUCAUGAAGAGGAGUUUAGAUUCAUUUUCGACUUUCGCUACCUUCGAAUCGUUGGUUCAAACGACAUUCCCCAGACUUGGUGGCUAAAGAACUGCACCUUCAAGCUGAUCCCCAUUGAUGAUGAGAAGCACUUGGCUCGACUGUCGAGUAUAUCACCAAAACCUGUCCUGCAAGGAGCACCAUGGCUGAUCGCGGAAGAUGAACUCUGGCUUAGUCUCCCUGAAAGCACCGGAUCUCCAGAUGUACUAGGCCAAGCCAAAGACUGGCUACAGGAGUGUUUGCAGGGCCACCCUGAAUGCCACCUUGACAAUAAUGAAGAUGACUGGUAUCCGCCAAGGUUGAUAGACGUCAAACUCCGGCCACCUCGGCUUAUUGAAACCAACACUGAGCGACCUCUUGGGCCCUACGUGACGCUCAGCCAUUGCUGGGGAAAGACAAAUUUCAUCACUCUUACGGCAGACAAUCUGGACCAGUUCAAGAAGUCGAUCCCGUUCGAGCAGCUGCCCAGAAAUUUCAAAGAAGCAAUCCAGGUAGUUGAGAGCUUAAAUUUGAGAUAUCUAUGGAUCGAUGCCCUCUGCAUUUUGCACGAUAGCGAUCACAAUACACAGGAUUGGCGAGAUAACGCUGCGAUCAUGGGGAAUAUAUACAAGCAUUGUGUGCUAAACAUCUCGGCUUCAUGUGCCGCAUAUGCCGACUCCGGUUUCUUCGUUCGUCGUGGCCGAACUGUUGUGCCGCAGCAGUACACCUACUGGCACGAACAAAAGGGUGGUUUCAAGUUUUUGAGUUCGAAAAAGGUAUACAUGAUCACGCAGGACCCUUUCUGCGAGGUAUCACUUUCGCCGUUAGCUAAACGUGGAUGGGCACUUCAAGAGCGCCUGUUUUCGCCACGCAUCCUGCAUUUCGGCGCGAGACAGAUGCUUUGGGAAUGUCGCAGAAACCAUAGAGAUGGCGGAAGAAGAUCGGAGACUUUUCCAUCCGGUCUCCCUGGGUGGGCCGGCAUAGCGGACGAGAUCGACCCCAAAAUCGUCGCGAAUGGUAGAAUACCAGAAGAGUGGUCUCAAAUCGUCGAGGACUACAGCACCCGACGCUUGGGGAGACCAAAUGACGACAAACUGGUAGCAAUACAAGCAUUGGCUUCUGAGUUUGGACGCACAAACCAAGACGAAUAUAUUGUUGGACUGUGGAAGUCCGAUCUGCUCGUGCAAUUGAUGUGGAGAAUAUCGCCAGAAGUUCUCGAGGAGAGAAGGGCGACAAGGGCAAAACCAACAACGCGUGCUCCAACCUGGAGCUGGGCGAGCAUUGACGGACCAGUCGAGAUGAGCAACCGUUAUGGAGGCAAUGUUGCCGUUCCUCUGUCAUACGUCAGCCACCGCGUCAAACCUGUUGACGAGAAGCAUCCAACCGGACAGCUGGCCCAUGCAGAGAUCAAGGUAAAAGGCCACCUAAUCAUGGCCACCAUGAAGAAGGCAGGGAAGGGCUACUUCCUACAGGCCGAAGACGGCAGCGACGUCGAUAAAAUAUAUCUAGAUGAGAAGGACAUUGGCGAGGUUUCAAGGGCUCAAGACCUCUUUGGACUCUUGCUGUGUCGCUAUGCGAAAAAGAAAGACACGGGGAAAUCGUCUUUGAUGGGUGGUCUGUUGUUGCGCCAGCGGUCGACAAGCCGUAUGGUCUUCUCGCGGCUUGGAACAUGGUCUUGUUCUGGUUCUGGGAGACCGUUGCUCGACUUUGUGUUAGCAAAGCCCCAAACCGAAGUAGUUUUGGUGUGAGCGUUGGAAUCACAAAGAGGUAGUCACCCAAAGCAAGAGAUUUGACAUGCUCUUUACCGUGUAUGAUGUAAGGUCCAAAAAUUGUUUAGGCAAAACAAAGGACGACCUGGCAAACUGUUGAGGAUUUCGCAUAGUCAUACAUUCUUUGUUACCGCCAAAAUGUCUGAUAUGAGUGGAGCUG